ACGUGGGACGUCCGAGUGGUUAAAACCAACUUCCUGCAACUGUGUUUCCAGAACAACCCUAUAAAAUGCCCAUCGUUUCUUUUCAUUCUUGUGCCAUCCUGAAAACACGAAUUCCAUACGCAAAGAAGAAGAAGGAUGGCAACAACGCCUCUCCACCUCUCAUUCCUCCUCCUCUGUCUCUCCUUUCUGAUAAAAUCACAGGCUAAGCAUGUUCCGGCUCUGUACAUAUUUGGUGACUCCCUUGUGGACAGUGGCAACAAUAAUGAGCAGAAAACGCUUGCAAAAGCCGACUAUGCACCCUAUGGCAUUGAUUAUGUGGUAGGAACCACCGGCAGGUUCACGAAUGGCUUCACCAUUGCUGAUUACUUUUCUGAAUCGCUCAACUUACAACAAUUACCUCCAUUCUUGGACCACACAAAUAUUAUCGAGCGAAGCUCCGCAGGAUACAACUUUGCGUCUGCCUCUGCUGGCAUCCUUCCUGAGACAGGCACCACUGCGGGCAAAAACUUGAACUUGAGAAUGCAGGUGGGGUUUUUCAGAAGAAUUGUUAGUACGAUCUUGAAAUCGCGCUUUAAAACCCCAGGGAGAAUGUCGCGUCACUUGUCAAGGUCUAUCUUCUUGGUUUCCAUUGGUAGUAAUGACUAUGCAGUCAAUUAUCUGGUGCCCCAAUUCUACAACAGCAGUCGCAUGUACAAUCCUGAACAAUUUGCUCAGCUCCUCGUCAACGAAUUGGGCAAUCAUUUGCAGGAGAUGUACGGGCUGGGUGGGAGGAAAUUUGUGGUGUUCGAGGUGGGUCCAAUCGGCUGUUUACCGGCUAUUGCACUGAAAAGGGCUGGGCCCAAAACCCCUUGUGUGGAGGAAAUAAAUGAUGCGGUUUCCAUCUUCAACGCCAAGCUUGCUCUGAAGAUCAAUCAACUCUCUUCCACACUCCGAAAUUCCACUUUUGUUCUUGUGAAAAACUUCAAUUUUAUGCAUGACAUGGUGAAAAAUCCUUCUCGUUACGGAUUCAAGGAUUCAAGAAACCCAUGUUGCAUUGUUAGCGAAGUAAAUGGGGCUUGCAUUCCAGAUAAGACCCCCUGCAAUGACAGAGACGGUCAUGUGUUUUGGGACGCAGUUCACCCCAGCUCUGCAGCUAACAGGAUUAUUGCAAAUGAAAUCUUCAAUGGGACAAGCCUAUCUACUCCAAUGAAUGUUCGUAAACUCAUCAACGCACAUAAAUUGUAACAUUUUCCAAAUUGGAAAAAGAGAAUCGCUCAGCCCUGAAUCUGGAUGAUGUGUAUCGAUGAUUCAAUUUCAUUCAAUCUGCAUAAUUGUAGGUUCUACCAAUUAAGAUUUUAUGAGGAAUCCAUAAAGAAGGGAAAACGCUGAUCUUUACAACUAAAGAUAAACUAAAAUUAUGUUUCUUUGGAGAGAAAUAGAAAAGCACAAAUCCUAACACCCACAGAUUUACAGAACCUUCCCCUCCCCAAUACACAUCCCUCACUACUUCGCCUUCUUCACCGGAGACUUUAUGCUCUUCGGCUUCUUUGGAGCUUUAACAGGACCUUUCUUCACAGCCUUGACCGGAGUCUUCUUAAGAGACUUUGCCGCUCCCACGGCCUUCUUUCCUGGUGACUUUGCCGUCGAAGUCUUCUUGGCCGCUUUUGACGGUCUCCCCUUGGGCUUUGGCUUAACCACAGCCUUCGCUUUAAUGGGAGUGGAUUUCACCUUUACAGAAGCAGACUUAGUUUUAGUCACAGCCUUCGGCCUCGCAGCAGGCUUCUUCUUCGCCGGCGCUUUCGCUGCUUCCGACUUCGCUGACGCCACCGACUUCUUAGCGGCGGCAGACGGGAGCUUAUAUGAAUUCUUCACCUUCACAAGCUUUUCAGAAGCCACAAGCUUCUUCAACUGAACGAGCAAAAGCUUCUUAAAAUUGGCCGGAAGACCCGAUUUUUGCUUCUCUUCAAUGAAUUUCGCGAUGGCGAUCUGGCUCGAACCAGUCCUCUCCUUCAGCGCGAUUAUAGCCUCGUUUAUCAUCU